AGACACUAUAAUCUAGAAAGACCGUGACACUCUUUCUGUAUUCCACUUUUCACUAUGCCAAAAAAAACCACACAAGAACAAGUUGAAGAAGACUACUGUUUUGAAUGCAAAGAUGGUGGACAACUUGUUAUCUGUGAUCACAGGAACUGUGUAAAAGUUUAUCAUCCUAGGUGUGUUGAAAAGGAUGAAUCGUUUUUUGAGACAGAAAAAUCUUGGACUUGUGGUAGACAUAGUUGUUUCAAAUGCAACAAAUACUCUAAGUUUUGUUGCCUUGGUUGUCCAAAUUCUCUAUGCAAACACUGUGUUUCCGCUUCCGAGUUUACCGUAGUUAGAGGUGUUCAUGGCUUUUGCUGUGAUUGCUUGGACUUAGUUGAGAUUCUAGAACUAAAUUUGGACCAUGACUUGGAAGGGAACAAAUUAAGUUUGGAUGAUAGAGAAACAUAUGAAUGUCUAUUCAAGGAAUAUUGGGAAAUUGUUAAGGUGAGAGAAGGACUGACUAAAGAAGAUGUCCUCAUCGCGCUUCUCCGCAAUAGAAGACAGAAAGAUUUUGUGCCUAGUAAAAGUCGCAAUGAAGGCGAUGAAGAGAAACAAAAUGACACCGGAAGUAAUGAAGAUUGUACUAGUAGUAUGCAUAAACCUAACAAAAGGAAGCGGGAACUAGAAACCGAGGAUGAAAAAGAUGAAAAAUUGUGUUUUGUGUGCAAAGAGGGUGGUGGAGAACUUGUUAUCUGUGAUCACAAGAACUGUGGAAAAUCUUAUCAUACAAACUGUGUUGGAAAAGAUGAUUCUUUUUGUGUAACUGCAAAAUCUUGGACUUGUGGUAGGCAUUGUUGUUUCAACUGUAAAAAAGGCGCCAAGUUUCGGUGCCUUGGAUGUCCAAAGUCUGUAUGCAAAAGGUGUUUUUCUGCUUGGGAGUUUACUGAAGUUAGAGGUGGUCAAGGCUUGUGCGGUGACUGCUUGGAGAUAGUAGAGAUUAUAGAACAAAAAUUGGACUGUGACUCAAAAGGGAACAAAAUAAGCUUGGACGACAAAGGAACGUAUGAAUGCCUAUUCAAGGAGUAUUGGAAAAAUGUUAAGGUAAGAGAAAGAUUAACCGAUGAAGAUAUCUCAGCUGCACUGCCAAACCGUCGAAAAGGUAAAGAUUUUGAAACAAGAUGCAGUCAAAGCGAAGAAGGAAAACCAAAUGACAUCGACAGUGAUGAAGAUCAUACAGCUAUGCAUAAGGAGAACAAAUGGAAGCGAAACGGUUCAAUGGAAUUUGUCGGAUGGGCAUCAAGACCUCUCGCAAACUUCCUUGCAUCCAUAGGUAGAUAUGACACUGAAGUGCCGAUGCUGCAAUGGGGUGUAAAAUCUCUCAUAUGUAAAUAUAUUAAGGAGAAAAAUCUGUAUCAUUCCAAAGACAAGAGAAAAUUCUUCACUGAUGACAAGUUGUUUCCUAUAUUUGAUAAGAAAGUAAUGUCGAUCGAUCAGAUAAAUUUGUUACUCGAGUUUCACUAUGCUAAAAAGUCGGAUGGUUCAAAUGGAAAGGAAAAUCAUGAUCAAAACAAAAACUUCUCUACAGACAAGAGUCAUAUCGAUGAUCAAACAUGUAUGGAAAGCAGAUUAUCAAGGUUAACUGAAAAACCUCUAAUAAAAAAAGCCGAUUUUUUGAUAAAACCUGGACGUUAUGCACCGAUCAAUGUUGAUAAUAUCAGGCUUAUCUAUCUCAAAAGAAGCUUGGUGUUGGAGUUAUCAAAACAGCGUGAAAGCUUUGCGAGUAAGGUUGUUGGAGCGUUUGUUAGAGCCAGAUCAGAUUCCAAUGAUCAUAAGCAAAGGAGUUCAUAUCAUCUCGUGAGAGUCAUAGGUGUUGAACAUGCUGAAACGUCAAAUGAAAUACUCUUGCAAGUGUUUUUCAUGCCUAAAGCGGUUUCCAUUUCUGAGCUUUCGGAUGAAGAUUUCACAGAGCAAGAAUGUGAGGAUUUGCGGCAAAAAGUGAACACCGGCUUGAUCCAAAAAUUAACUACUGAGGAUCUUCAAAAGAAGGCUACAAGUCUUCAUGAGGAUAUGACAAAACAUCGCCUAGCCUAUUUGCAAAAGCAAAUCGAGUGUGCAAAUCUCAGAGGAAGAAUAAAAGAAAAAAUGGCAUUAUUAGAAGAAAAGGAAGAGCUUGAACAGCGAUGGAAGCAUGAACAGCUGUCAAGGCGCGUGCCAAUAGUCCCUGAGCUUAUGGAGGUACGAGAAGGACUAACUGAUGAAGAUGUCAAUGCCACACUUUCCAACAUUAGAAUUCAUGAAGACGAAGAAGAAAAACAAAAUGAUACCAACAUUCAUAAAGAUUGUCCAGGCAUGGAUAAGCCAAGCAAACGGAAGCGGUGCAGUUCAAUUGAACCAGAACCCAAUGAAGAAGCAGAAGAUGAAGAGUUGUGUUUUAUAUGCAAAGAUGGUGGACAACUCGUUAUCUGUGAUCUCAAGAGUUGUAGAAAAGUGUAUCAUCCAGACUGUCUCGAUAAGGAUGAUUCGUUUGUUGAGACGGCAAAAUCUUGGACUUGUCCUAGGCAUUGUUGUUACAACUGCAAUAAACCCGCCGAGUGUUGUUGUCUUGGCUGUCCAAACUCUGUAUGCAAAAAGUGUGUUUCUCCUUCGGAGUUUACUCUUAUUAGAGGUGUUCAAGGCUUGUGCUGUGACUGUUUGGAGAUAGUCGAGAUUAUAGAACUAAAAUUGGACUGUGACUCCGAGGGGAACAAAAUAAGCUUGGACGACAAGGAAACAUAUGAGUGUCUAUUCAAGGAGUAUUGGGAAAUUGUUAAGGUAAGAGAAGGACUAACCGAUGAAGAUGUCUCUGCUACACUGGCAAACAAUAGAAAGCAGAAAGAUUUCGUGCCUGAUAAAAGUCGCAACGAAGGCGAAGAAGAAAAACAGAAUGAGACCAAAUGUAAUGAAGAUUGUACAAGUAUGCAUAAGCUGAAGAAACGGAAGCGGUGCAGUCCAUUGGAAUUUACCGGGUGGGCGUCAAGACCUCUAACUAACUUCCUUGAAUCCAUAGGGAGAUAUGAAACUGAACCAAUGACGCAAUCGGGUGUAAAAUCUCUUAUAUGUGAAUAUAUUAAAGAGAAGAACCUUUAUCAUCCCAAAAACAAGAGAAAAUUCCGCACUGACGACAAGUUGUCUCCUAUUUUUACAAAGAAAGUAAUGUCGAACGAUAAAAUAUAUUCUCGUCUUGAGAUUCACAUUGCUAAGAAACCGGAUGAUUCAUCUCGAAAGGAAAAUCAUGAUCAAAACAAAAACUGUUCUACAAGCAACAAGAAUAUCAAUGAUCAUUCAUGUAUGGAAAGUAGAUCGUCGAGCUUAAUAGAAAAGCCUCUUCAGAAAAAAGUCGAUACAUUGAUAAAACCUAGUUGUUUUGCAUCCAUCAAUGUAAGUAAUAUAGCACUUAUCUACCUCAAAAGAAGCUUGGUGUUGGAGUUAUCGAAACAGUGUGAAGGCUUUGUGAGCAUGGUUGUUGGAACAUUUGUUAGAGUAAGAUCAGAUUCCAAUGAUCAUAAGCAAGGAAAUUCAUAUCAACUUGUGAGAAUCCUAGGUGUCAUAUACGAUGAAAUGCCUAAUGGAAUACUAUUGGAAGUUUCCUUCAUGCCUAAAGCGAUUUCCAUUUCUGAGCUUUCUGAGGAAGACUUCACCGAGCAUGAAUGUGAGGAUUUGCGCCAAAAUGUGAACACCGGCUUGCUCCCAAAAUUAACUGUUAAGGAUCUUCAAGAGAAGGCUACAAUUCUUCAAGAGGAUAAAUCAAAACGGUGGAUUGCAAACCGCCUAGUCCAUUUGGAACAUCAAAUCGAUCAUGCAAAUCUCAGAGGAAGAACAAAAGAAAAAAUUGCAUUACUAGAAGAAAGGGAAGAGCUUGAACGGCGACGGAAACAAGAACAACUGUCAAGGGGCGUGCCUUUCGUAGUCCCCGAGCUUACAAAAGAAUCGGAUGAUUUUGUGUCUCAUACUGAUGAGGAUGUCUCUGCCGAACUUCCCAACAAAAGAAUUUGCAAAGAUAUUGUGUCUCUGCCGGAUGAUUCGGCUGAAAAGGAAAACCAUGAUCAAGAGACAAACUUCUCAACCAACAAGAAUCAUAUCGAUGAUCAGACAAGUAUCAAAAACAGAUUGUCAAGGUUAAUGGAAAAGCCUCUUAUGAAAAAAUGCGAUGUAUUGAUAAAACCCGGAUGUUUAGCAUCCAUCAAUGCCAAAAAUAUCGAGCUUAUCUACCUAAAACGAAGUUUGGUGCAACUGUUAUCUAAACAGUCUGAAAGUUUUCCGAGUAAAGUUGUUGGAACCUUUGUUAGAGUAAAAGUAGAUUCCAAUGAUCAGAAACUUAGGAAUGCUUAUCAUCUUGUGAGAAUCAUAGAUGUUGUGCAUGAUGAAAUCUAUAAUGGAAUACUAUUGCAAGUUUCUUUCAUGCCUAAAGCUAUUUCCAUUACUGAGCUCUCUGACGAAGACUUCACCAAGGAAGAAUGUGAGGAUUUGCGCCAAAAAGUGAACACUGGCUUGCUCCCCAAGUUAACCGUUGGCGAUUUUCAAGAGAAGGCUACGAGACUUCAUGAGGAUAAAACAAAACAUUGGAUUGCAGCACGCCUAGCAAAUUUGAAUAGUCAAAUUGAGCGCUUAAGUCUCAAAGGACGAAAUAAACAAAAAAUUGCAUUACUAGAUGAAAGGGAAGAGCUAGAACAACCAUGGAAACAAGAACAGCUGUUAAAGCGCGUGCCAACAGUUGUCCCUGAGUUUAUGGAAGUGAAAUACGAUGAUGCUGAUAGCAAGGAACAUAACUAAUAUCUUCUUUCUGUGGUAUUGUGUAGAUAGUUAUUUUGUAAGUUGGAAGUAGAAAAAAACUAAUAUCAACUAACAAGUGAUGAUGAAACUGUUUUUUUGGAUCCAUAAGUGAUGCUGAAACUGUGUUGUAGUGUGAAUGUUUGAGUUUUGGGGUAAGUUGAAUGUUUUGGAAAUUGAGAUAUGCAUUAAUAUUUAGUACU